CAUCUUGUCUUUAACCCGUGUUCUGUGGAAACACUGUCACAAGCUUUCAGGUCUGCCCCUCUGAAGAAGAACACAGAUGCAUUUUGUGUGUCUCAGAUUUUAAACAAGGCCGGGGCUGACAAACAGCAUGAGGUUGUGGCUGAGAGGCCUGGUCCUCCAGGCUCUGAAGAGCUCCCAGGCAUUCUACGGGACUUAUGGGCAGUCAACAUCUCCACCUGUCCCUAAGGUUAUGGCCACCUGGGAAGCCAUCAGCCUGGGAAAACAGUCAGUGCCUGAGUACUUCAACUUUGCCCAUGACAUGUUGGACUUGUGGAGUCAGCUGGAAAAGGCUGGGCAUCGGCCCCCAAAUCCUGCAUUCUGGUGGGUGAAUGGCACAGGAGCAGAAGUCAAGUGGACCUUUGAGGAGCUGGGGAAGCAGUCCAGGAAGGCAGCCAAUGUCUUAGAGGGAGUGUGCGGUCUGCAACCUGGGGACAGAAUGAUGCUGGUACUCCCACGACUCCCAGAGUGGUGGCUGAUCAUUGUGGCUUGUAUGAGAACAGGUGUGGUCAUGAUCCCGGGUAUCUCCCAGCUGACAGAGAAGGACCUCAAGUACCGGCUGCAGGCUUCCAGGGCCAAAUCCAUUGUCACCAAUGACUCCCUAGCUCCGCAUGUGGAUGCCAUUAGUGCUGACUGCCCCUCCCUCCAGACCAAGCUGCUGGUGUCAGACAGCAAAUGUCCAGGCUGGAUGAAUUUCCGGGAACUCUUGCAAGAGGCAUCCUCACAACACAGUUGUGUAAGAACCAAGAAUCAAGAUCCGAUGGCUAUCUACUUCACCAGUGGAACCACAGGGGCGCCCAAGAUGGCUGAGCACUCCCAGAGCAGCUAUGGAUUGGGUUUCAUGGCCAGUGGAAGGAGGUGGGUGGCCUUGACUGAAUCCUCUGUGUUCUGGAACACAACUGACACUGGUUGGGUGAAGGCGGCCUGGACUCUCUUCUCUGCCUGGUCCAAUGGAGCUUGCGUUUUUGUGCAUGAGCUGCCCCGAGUUGAUGCCAAAACGAUCCUAAAUACUCUCUGCAGGUUCCCGAUAACCACCCUCUGCUGUGUCCCAACCAUCUUCCGGUUGCUUGUGCAGGAGGACCUAAGAAGGUACAAGUUUCAAAGCCUGAGGCAUUGCUUGACGGGAGGGGAAGCCCUCAACCCUGAUGUUCGGGACAAAUGGAAGAGCCAGACGGGGCUGGAGCUAUAUGAAGGCUACGGGCAGUCUGAAACAGUCCUAAUCUGUGCCAAUAUAAGAGGCUCAACAAUCAAGUCUGGAUCUAUGGGGAAGGCAUGCCCACCUUAUGAUGUGCAGAUUGUAGAUGAUGAGGGCAACGUCUUACCUCCAGGAGAAGAAGGGAAUAUUGCUGUCCGCAUCAGACCCACCAGGCCUUUCUGUUUCUUCAAUUGUUAUCUGGACAGUCCUGAGAAGACAGCUGCAUCAGAGCGAGGAGACUUUUACAUCACUGGGGACAGAGCCCAUGUAGACAAGGAUGGCUACUAUUGGUUCAUAGGGAGAAAUGAUGAUGUAAUCAACUCUUCAAGCUACCGGAUUGGGCCUGUUGAGGUGGAGAGCGCCCUUGCUGAGCAUCCAGCUGUCGUUGAGUCUGCUGUGGUCAGCAGCCCAGACCCUAUUCGGGGGGAGGUGGUGAAGGCAUUUAUAGUCCUUUCUCCAGCCUACUCUUCUCAUGACCCAGAGACACUGACCAAGGAACUUCAGGAGCAUGUGAAGAGAGUGACUGCUCCAUACAAGUAUCCCAGGAAGGUGGCUUUUGUCUCAGAACUGCCAAAGACUGUUUCUGGAAAAAUCCAAAGAAGUAUAUUGAGAAACCAAGAGUGGGGGAGAUGAGGUGUAAUCACAGAAGCCCCCCACAGUGCUCUGGAGAUUCCAAGAGGAAAAGGUGGGAUGAUUGCUUAGCCCCUGCACAGAGCACCAUUCCUUCAAAUCAAAGGCAUCAAAGACACUCAGCUUCUAAACAGCCAUUGCGGAUGAUGUUGGAAAAGGCAAGAGUAUCACUGAGCCAAAGCAUACAGCCACCGCCAAUCUAACAAAUGCUUCCCUCCAUGUCUGUCUGGAAGCAUCCUAAUCCACCAGCCAGCCAUUGGUUUUACUAAUUGCUUUCAGCUGUUCCCAGGACAGACAGCUCACCAUAGCCUUGGGGCACCUGUGUUCUCAUUCUGCCAGUGGGAAUGUAAAGCUUAACCCUUCGGAUGAGCAUCCACUUGGAAACAAUCAUACCCUUUUGCUUAGAAAUUCUGUCUUUAGGAAUCACAAUAAAAGAAAAUAUUCAAAAUGUAGAAAAUGUGUG